CUAACAUUUUACUUAACUUCUUCUUCCCACAAACUUUUCAAGGCCUACCAAAAAACUACUUACUUUUCUCGCAUAGCUCUCUUUAAAUAGCAUGGACUAAGUCUGUGAAAGUGGAGAAAAAAAAGAAUCAAGAAAUGCCAGAAUAUUGUGUAACAGGGGGUACAGGUUUCAUUGCGGCUUACCUUAUUAAGGCCCUGCUCCAAAAGGGUCACAUUGUAAGAACCACUGCUCGUGAUCCAGCAGAUGAUGCAGAGAAAGUGGGGUUCUUGUGGGAGCUAGAUGGUGCCAAAGAGAGGCUCAGGAUUAUGAAAGCUGAUCUUCUAGUGGAAGGUAGCUUUGAUGAUGCCAUUCAGGGAGUUGAUGGAGUCUUUCAUACUGCUUCACCUGUGUUGAUCCCUUAUGAUGACAAUAUUAAGAAAACACUGAUUGAUCCAUGUGUAAAUGGUACCUUGAAUGUCCUCAACUCUUGCAAAAAAGCACCCACCUUGAAGAGGUUUGUCUUGACAUCUUCUUGCUCUUCAAUUAGAUACAGAGAAGAUGCCCAACAGGUUUCCCCUCUCAAUGAAUCCCACUGGAGCGACCUUCAAUAUUGCCAAAAGUACAAUCUAUGGUAUGCUUAUGCUAAGACUAUAGCAGAAAAAGAAGCUUGGAGAGUAGCUGAGGAAUGUGGUAUUGAUUUGGUGGUGGUAAAUCCAUCCUUUGUUGUGGGUCCUUUGCUUGCUCCUCAGCCCACCAGUACAUUGCAGAUCAUAUUGGGCAUAGUUAAAGGUGUGCUUGGAGAGUAUCCCAACAUAAGGUUGGGGUUUGUUCACAUUGAGGAUGUUGUGGCAGCUCAUAUAUUAGUCAUGGAGGAACCAAAAGCUUCAGGUAGAUACAUAUGUUCAAAUUCAGUGAGACACAUGUCACAGAUCAUGGACAUGUUAAGGACCAAGUAUCCGUCUUAUCCUCUUGAGAACAAGUGUGGCAGCCAAGAAGGGGAAGACAUCCUACAUAGCUUGGAUACCAGCAAGAUAACUCAACUGGGGCUGCCCCCUCUAAAGAGUGUCAAUCAAAUGUUUGAUGACUGCAUUCAGAGUUUCCAAGACAAGGGAUUCCUCUGAGAUAUACCUAAGUUGUCAUCUCUAUAUCUGACCCACAAUUUAUUUGUGCUUGGAUAAAAGGGUUAAUAAAUUGUCAAGUUUUCCGCUCCUUACAACAAGAGUCAAUAAUAUUCCUUUCUGCUGUAUUGGAAACUUGAGAUCAGUUUAUUUAAGAGGGUGAAGUUAAGAAAUUCAAUCUCCAGACUUUAAUAAAAUGGCUUAUAAAAGAAUGUGAGUAUGUGAAGUGAAAUGUGUUGCUACCAAUUUGGCAUUAGCCCUAAGAUAUGAAAAAGUUGGGAAAGCCGACAAAUAGAUUGGAAUGAUGUGUAUGCGCAUGACAAUAAUAGAGUGGGCAUGGGAGUAACAGUAACAGUGAUGAUAUUAGUAAUGCCUUAGUCAUUGGCAGAUGUAACAUAUAAUCAACGAAUUUAAUUGAAUAGUAUUUUCGACAUAAUAAUAAUUACUAAAAUUUCAAGAAAUAUCGAAAUUUGAACUCAUAAUUUAAAAAAUAUAAUAAGUUCAAUCAGAGACAGAUAUACAUUUGUUGAAGGAUGAAUACCCUCCGUCAUCAAAUUAUAUUAUGUAUAUAGAUCAAAAUACAUAUAUAUUUAAUCUUAAACACUUAGUUCAAGAGUAAGAACCUAAAUAUUGAACUUAUUAAAUUUAAAUCUUAAGUCCUCUUCUUAUGAUAAGCGGUGGUUUUGUUGUGUAGCGCAAAUGGAAUGGCAGUCCCCACGAGGCCAAGACUAAGUAUUCUUAUUGUUGAUGAUGUGGCCAUGCCAUUAUCCUUGGCCUGCCACGCAGCAAAAAACGAAGGGUAGCCCACCCCUUUCCACCACUAAAUGGCUAGUUUUAUACUAAUUUAUAUGGUCAUACACUCUUGGAUUCUCUAUCAUUCCCCAGUAGCCAGCAGGCAAGAAACCACCAAGUCUUACCACUGAUUCAACUAAUAAUAGUCCUGGCCACAUCAGUUUUCUGCUGCCUCUGCCUUAGCUAAGUAAUGGGAAUUGUGGAGACUACUUAAAAUAAAGACAUUAAGGGUGUUCACGCGCAUCGAGAGAGCAAUAUGAUACCCAAAUAAAGAAGAAAAGUUGUGGUAGGUUGAUUGUCAGAAUGAUUAUAAAAUAAAAUAAGUAUAUAUUGGACCUAAAUUGUAACGAAUAUAGAGAAUUCAUGUAGGCGAAUUCCACUAAUUUGGAAUUGAGUAGUAGUCGAUAUAUAGAUAUCUUAUUAAGUUUUUUCCUUCCCCCUCUCUCUUUACAUGUGUACAUAAACCAGUAGCUAGCCAUCUACCAAACUCACUGUGAGUUACUCACUCCACCUACUACAAGUACUGCAUAUUGCAGAUAAUCUUAGCAUUUAUCCACUUAUACAACAUCCAAGUUCCUUGUAUCUCAUAUUUUUGGCGAUGAAAACUUGGAAGAGAGUGAGAAAAGCCAUAGCAGUAGCGUUUUUACCAGUGGCCUGCCUGUUCCUGCUUUCUUUUGUAGCUUGUGCAGGACCAUUGAGGUGGAUUCUUCUAUCAAGCUAUCUCAUCUACUACCUAUCUUUGUCUCUCUGGAUUUUGGCUGCAUUGCAUACAACAUGACAUUCAAUCCAUACCCUGAGGAAACCAAGAAUGUUUUGAAAUCAGGAAUUUCCAUCAUUCACUGUCUCUAUUUUCUUGGUUAUGUUCUCAAGCUAUCUCUUGCCUUUUGCUUUCCCUCAACCACUUUGAAAGAAUCAACAAUCUCUCUGUGUACUGAAGCAUAAAAAGGAUAAUGUGUAAUAUUCGUCUUCAGCACGUUACUUUAUAAACAACCUAUGUCCAA